AUGAGUUUUGGGAUGGGAAGGAGGGUCGGGCGGGAGAGGGUGACCGGGAACUUCGGGUAUCCGGCGGCUGGCCCAGUCGGGAGCGGGGACGGCGAGCUAGCCGAGGACGAGGUCUGGUCGAUAAUUGACGAGACGGCGGCUUUCAAGGAGGAAAAGAAGCGGAUGAACGCCGUCGCCGGAGGCGGCGGCACCAGCAGUGGGCGCAACCGUCGGUGGCCGAUCGCCUCCUCCGAUGGGCACCGCCAGGUUGGCGGGCUGUCACUGGCAUUUCAGGAGGCAGUCGCCGGCGGAGGGAACCCCUCGACGGCCGCGAUGAUCAUCCAGCAGUUCCGGCAGGUGGAAGAUGGGCCAGCCGGCGCGGCGCGCCACUCGGCUCCAGUUAACGUGCCGGACUGGUCCAAGAUCCUGCGCGACCCCUCGCCGGGGUCGCUGGCGGAGAACGAGGUGUCGCCGCUGGAGGAGGAGCGGGAGUGGGUCCCGCCGCACGAGUACCUGGCGCGGGAGAGCGCGAGGCAGCGCGGCUCGGCGACCUCCGUCUUGGAGGGGGCCGGCCGCACUCUCAAGGGUCGUGACAUGAGCCGGGUCCGGAAUGCGGUCUGGAGCCAGACCGGCUUCUUCGGCUGA